GUCCCCUCCUCCUGCGGCGCUCGCUCCCGCUCCCCCGGGCCCCCUGCCCGGCUGGGCGCUGACAGCAGCGGCGGGGGUCCCCGCAGCCGCCGCCGUGUCCCGCGUAGGCUCGGGCUGGGCCCGCGGAAGCCCCCGGCGCGGCCAUGAACCGACCCCUGACGGCGUCGGCGGAGGCGGAGGAGGAACUGGAGUGGCAAGUGGCGAGUCGCAGGAGGAAGGCCUGGGCCAAGUGCCGCAGCUCCUGGCAGGCGUCGGAGACGGAGGAUCUGUCCACAGAGGCGACGACACAGGACGAGGACGAGGACGACGAGGAGGACCUCCCCGGCGCGAAGCUGCCGGCGGCCGCGGGGCGAGGAAACGUGCCCAAUGAGAAGAUCGCAAUAUGGCUCAAAGACUGCCGCACCCCUUUGGGAGCCUCACUGGAUGAGCAAAGUGGUGGAGCAGUGAAGGGUGUGCUUGGGAGAAAUGGAGGAAGCUUCGAAGAUGACUUGUCGCUGGGAGCUGAAGCCAAUCAUCUACACGAACCUGAUGCUCAAGUUGAAAACUGCAAUAAUAUCCUGGCCAAAGAGAGGAGACUACAGUUCCAUCAGAAAGGGAGAAGUAUGAAUUCUACUGGGUCUGGGAAAAGCAGUGGUACAGUGUCAAGUGUCUCAGAACUGCUGGAGCUCUAUGAAGAAGAUCCUGAAGAAAUUCUGUACAAUCUUGGAUUUGGACGAGAUGAACCAGAUAUUGCUUCUAAAAUUCCUUCCAGAUUUUUUAAUUCAUCAUCCUUUGCCAGAGGCAUAGACAUUAAAGUAUUUUUGAGUGCACAAAUGCAAACGGAUGGAAGUGAGAAACCCAAAUUAAUGCAUUGACAGCCGUUUCGUCAAAUUGAAGUGCUUACUACUGUGCCAAUGCAUUCUUCUUCUCUAUAUUCCCAAGUCUCUGGGAACCCCCCUUCAAGAGAAUUGGGAAGCAUGUCCUCAGUCGACCCUCCACCAAGGAGGCAUCAGAUUCCUCCCCCUCCUCUAACUCGAAGCAACACUGCAAACCGUCUGAUGAAAACACUAUCAAACUAAACGUAUGUGUUGAUAAAGACAGAGAAAGGGGAAGGGAGCCCCUCCCCUUCUAGUGAUAAAGGAAAGGCUCUGAGCAUCUCUCUGGCUGAGGACAGUGGCAGCAAGAAUGACCCCAAGUUGCAGAAAGUUAUGAAGAAGAAGGAGUCCUCUUCUACACUGGCUACAGUUAGAGAAGAGUCUCGGGGUAGUUCAUCGACUAUCACAGACAGUGUGGAUACCGACAGACUCUCUGAUGACGCAGAUAGUAACAUUAGCCACAAAAUGGAAAGCGAAGAAGCAAAGGAAACUCCAAGUCAGGAGGAUAAAUCUGGUGUUGCAGGGUCUGUCUUAGGUUGUGAUGUCAACAUGCCGAGCCACUGCGAGUCCGAGAGCAGCAGUGAGCUGAGAAGUGCCCAUGCAUCUACAAGUGACAAAGAGCCCUGUGCACCCCUGACGAUCCCAUUCAUAAGAAACAUAAUGAUGCAGCAGAAAGACUCCUUCGAGAUGGAAGAGGUUCAGAGCACAGAGGGAGAGGCACCUCACGUGCCAGCCACUUGCCAGCUAGGUCUUGCCAAGUCAAAGAGAGAUCACCUGUUGAGAACUGCAAGUCAGCACUCCGACAGCAGCGGCUUCGCUGAGGACUCUGCGGACUGCCUCUCGCUCAAUCAUCUUCAGGUUCACGAAUCCCUGCAAGCCAUGGGGAGCAGUGCUGACAGCUGUGACAGUGAGACCACUGUCACCUCACUUGGGGAAGACCAUGUGACGCCUACAGUACAAGACCAGCCUUACUUUAACGAGUCAGAGGAGGAGUCUCGUGCCCCUGUUGAGAAAGGAAAAGCAAAGGUGGCCGUAGUUGCUGACAAAAUGAACGCAGACAGCCAGGAUUCCCCUCCAUGUGAGACUGCAGAGAAUACUGGGAGCAAAGAGUCCCCGAGGGAUCCAGGUGACCCCGAGAAUGCUGCCAUGGAGGAGGCUGGAGAGCUCCUAAGGGAAGGGAGUGAAGACAGCGAUGUGGAGAGGGGCGGUGGCUGUGAAUUCCCCCAGUAUACCACACACCACAUCCUCAAGCCCUUGGCCUCCAUCGAAGCUCAGUGCAGCGCUGUGAGCUCUGAAAAGAGAACUGGGUUUCCCUCCUCUGUGGAGAGGGUGAAUACUGCCUUGCAGAGAGCUCAGAUGAAGGUGUGCAAUCUGUCUGCUCAGAGAGUAGGGCGGAGCCUAAUAAAAUCAAAGGAUCUGUUGAAACAAAGGUACUUGCUUGCAAAAGCUGGCUAUCCCCUAAGAAGGUCUCAGUCUUUGCCGACCACCUUACUUAGCCCAGUAAGGGUUGUGUCUUCUGUCAAUGUGCGAUUAUCUCCAGGAAAAGAGACCAGGUGCAGCCCGCCUUCCUUCACCUACAAGUACACACCUGAGGAGGAACAAGAAUUGGAAAAGCAAGUGACUGAGCAUGACGGUCAGUCUGUGGUUAAAUCCACCAUCUUCAUCCCCCCGUCCUCUGUGAAGAAAGAAGAAACCCCUCAGAGUGAGGCGACGCAGCCGGAGGAAUGCCCCCACAGACGGCUUCCCCCUUGUCCACAGUUUGCUCCAAUAUCCCAGUCCACCUGCUCCCUUCACUCUGCCCACGAGUGGCAGGACAGGCCCCUGUGUGAACACAUGAGAACUCUGAGUGCCCACAGUGUCCCCAACAUAUCGGGCACCUCGUGUAGUAGCUUCUCUUCUCCUUUCGGGUGUCCCUAUGCACACAGACAUGCUGCCCACCCGUACAGGGCGUGCCCCGUGAAUCCUCCUUCUGCCAUAGAGAUGCAGUUGCGGAGAGUGCUGCAUGAUAUCAGAAACUCACUACAGAACCUUUCACAGUACCCCCUGAUGAGAGGACCUGAUCUUGCUGCUGCCCCAUACAGUACUCAGAAGUCGUCUGUUCUACCUCUUUAUGAAAAUACCUUUCAGGAGCUUCAAGUCGUGAGACGGAGCCUGAAUCUGUUCAGAACGCAGAUGAUGGACUUGGAGUUGGCCAUGCUGCGGCAGCAGACCAUGGUGUACCCUCAUAUGACAGAGCAGGACAGGUAUGAAGUGGAUCAGCUGCAGGGCUUGCGGAACUCUGUCCGAAUGGAGCUGCAGGAACUGGAGAUGCAGCUGGAGGAGCGGCUGCUGGGCCUGGAUGAGCAGCUCCAUGCAGUCCGGGUGCCUUCCCCUUUCCGAUCCUCUGUGCUUCCGGGGAUGUGUGGCAGUAGAAGUGCUGACAACUUGUCCUGCUCGUCUCCACUGAACGUCAUGGAGCCAGUCACAGAACUGAUACGGGAGCAGUCGUACCUGAAGUCGGAGCUGGGCCUGGGACUUGGAGAGAUGGGGUUUGAAAUCCCUCCUGGAGAGAGCUCAGAGUCCGUUUUCUCUCAGGCCACAUCAGAGUCAUCUUCCGUCUGUUCCAGCCCCUCCCACAACACCAGAAGAUCCAGGGGGCCUUCUGGCAACUCGGGAAGCAAACCCCGAGCCCGCUUAGUGGCGAGAAAGAUCUUCCGAGCCUCUGUUGCUCUGACGCCAACAGCCCCCUCCAGAACAGGCUCUGUGCAGACACCUCCAGAGCUGGAGAGUUCUGAGGAAGCCUCACAGGUUGUGGGACUUCCAUCUCACCUGGAGGAAGAGCAAGAGGAGCUGCUACCCGCUGCUGAGGAAAUGCAUCGGAACGUGGAGCAGGAUGAGUUGCAGCAAGUCAUACGGGAGAUUAAAGAGUCUAUUGUUGGGGAGAUUCGGCGAGAAAUUGUAAGUGGCCUUUUGGCAGCAGUGUCUUCAAGUAAAGCAUCGAAUUCUAAGCAGGACAGUCACUGAAUGGAAUUUAUUAGGGUUGGGAUGGAUCCCAUUAGCUGUAAUACUGGUGUUAUCAGUGAUUUCUGCUGGUGGAGGUGUUGCUCGCCUUUGGAGGAUACUUUCUACUGAACUGGGCUACUGUACACAAUGGACUGUAUGCAUUUCUGUAUGCAGUGUUCUUCUAUGCAUAAAAAUUUAAAAACAUACAUAGAAACUUAGGCACUUUUCUGGCUCAUUUCUAAACUAUCAGACUGUCCAUUUGAAAGUCUAGUAUUUAUUUGUUUGUCAAUAUUUUUCCAGUUGAUGUCCUACAUAGAAUGAAUUAUAAAACUUGAAGAGUUCCAGACAUAAUCAGCUUAUAACAUAUUUCUUCAGACUAGCUUCGACAACACUGACCUCUAUGAGGUAUUUACUGUGCAAUAACAGAUUCAUCUUCUGAGAGCUUGAAGCAACCAAUGACUUUUCCCUCCACUGCUCUUUAUUGAGUCACUUCCAAGAAGACAAACAGUUAUGUUGUUAAAAAUGCACUCAAUUCUUGAGGAGUCUACUGAGAAGCAAGAGGGUAGAUUUCAUGAGGUUACCUACGGAUACUUCAUGUUCUUACACUGUAAGCCUUGUUGCUUUGCCCAAACAAAUGUAAUUUUAUAGCUAUGUGCCUUAUGGUAAACACUAUGUAUUCCUGCAUUGUCCAGAUGUCUUACUUUAAGACAUUUUCUCUGUCUUUUAGACUAAAUAGUAUUGUUAAGAUAAUGGGAUCUGUGACUUGAAUGGAUAGAAUAGAAAUGAAUAAGCUGGUUUUUGUGUUUUUUUCCAAAAUGAGAUUUAGAUUUGUUUUCCUCACGCCUAAAUGAUUUUAAUUCAGUUUUAACCAGAAAAGUCUUAGUUUUUCUUUUUUAAAAAAGUCUCCUAUCCAGUAUUUUAUGUAUCAAAUAAAUGUAUAAAGUAACAACCAAAUGAUAUUAGAAAUUAGUAUUUUAGUAUUUGUAAUCUUCAAUUCCUAUAUGUUACUUUAUGUGAGAAAUUUUAGUCAAAGUGCUUGAAAUAUUAGCAUUCUUUGAAAAACUAUCUAAAAGGUUUAUAAAUAUUUGAAAUAUCACAUAAAGGCUGAUCUCUAAGAAACAAAAACCCAUUAAAACAAUAAAGUAUUUAUUUUGCUUAAAA